GAGGAAGCUAAAGGGGGGAGCCCAUUUUCUUCCUUGCAGACGGAUCGCUGGCUGGAUUGCAAUUUGCAAAGGGAGCAUGAUUGUUGGUAUAGGAAGUGUCUGCUUUUUUUUUUUUUUUAAAGCCGGGUUAUUCAAAAAACCCCUUUGGUGCAAUUCUCCGGUAAACAAUGAUUCAUGGGGCUUAAUGCAAAUAAACUGAUUGCAAAUGGAGCUUUCCCUUUGCACUUUGCAGCUGCCUGGGUUUUUUUGAGUGGCCAAGCCUCAGAUUUCUGUCUUUUUUUGCAGAUCUGCAGAAUAUGGCGUCCCUGUCCUGUUUUAAAAAUAAGCCAGGCUGCCAUUUUUGUUUUUCUUUUGUCUGAAAAUUUUAAUAAAACUGUCUGAGAAUGUGGGAGAGGCAGCUGAAAGGCAAAAGGGGCACCUAAAGGGGUGUUUUUUUCUUUGCUUUGCGUUUUUGUGUUGUUGCAAAGAUCUUGCUUGCACGGGGGGGGAUACAAUGUAAUUGGACUUUUAAAAAAGGAAACAGUCAAACAUUUCUGUGGGAGGGGGGUUAAGAUUUAAAGUUAACUUAUGCAAAAGUUUUUUUAAACAGCCUUUUUAAAACAAAAAACGCAAUGAAAAACCCUGCUCUGUAUUUUCUCUUUCUCCCUUUGGAUUAUUUAAUGGAAAAGUUAAUUGAAUCUGAAUGUAGCUAUUUUUUAAAAAACAGAUGGUUGUGAAUGUUGCAUGUUGGUUAAAAGGGAUUCCGUUUUUUUGGGGUGGUGGUGGUGAAAAAGUGGUUUUUUUAAAUUUUGAUAGAAAGCAAUAUUAUAAACGGAAUGUUUAACCAGGAAUAUUUUGCAAUUGCACUUUAGCAGGAAUGUAGUGUUUUCAGAGUGUGGAAUCUGCAGUUUUAGAAACUGACACAAUUUUUCGUGCUGUUGUAUAGAGAGGUCUGUGCAUAUGUGAACAUGUAUUUAGUGUGUGCUAUCUAUGUGCAUCGUGUGUACAUGCAUUUACUCUUUAUACAGGCAUAAUGUUAAGUACAUGUUGGAUUGUACAUACGGUCUGUUCUAGAAUAUUUAAAAGAGAGUCCGACUAAGAGAAGUAUUCUAGGAUAUAAAUGAUUUAUUUUUAGAAAAGCUGCUCAUUCAGAAGUAUUGUACAGCGUGUAGUCAAGAGCACACAUCCUUCUCAGAUGCUGCUGUAUGGUUAGUGUUGCACUUUUAUUUGCUGCCUGUCUUGGAAAAGUGAAGGACAAUUUCUCAAAUGCCUGUUUGAGCUGCUCUGUUACUGUUGCUCUGUGACUGAUAGCAGAUGGGUCAACGAGAGGCCUCUUAAAAGUCACAUUUUGGGGAAGAGGCAAAAGUUUUUUAAAUCCUGAUUUAGAAGAUUGGAGGGGGGUGGAUGGAAUCUGGCCUGGCCCUACGGCUGGUUCUGCUUUUGGCCAAAUAUUCCUAAAUAGUUUAGUCCAACCCUGUUCCUGGGAUAACUCCUUUGACUUCCGUGGAGCUACUACAGGGAGAAAUUUGGCCCUUUGUUUAUUUUCUCUAAAGAGAAUGCGGCAUUCCCACGGAUGUGUUAGUUUGGAGGCAGUAUCUGUUGCCCCCAGGUGUGUCUUCCUGGGCUCAUUUUGGGGGUGUUUUCUGUGUAUUUGGGAUGUGUGUAUUGGGGGGUGUGUGAAGUUGUCCUCCUUGUCCCCUAUAGAACAACACCUUGCGCGCAACAUCUGUGCUCUGCUAGCUCUGGAGAUGGACAGAUGUCAGGGGAAGCACCGACAGUACAUACAGAGCAAAGACGAGACAGAGGGGGCUGCAAAAGUAGAGGAGUCCCCGAUAGAAGUGUAGCUUGUGUUAACGGCAGUGGUAGGAAUUGGUGAAGGCUAGUGUGCUUCUGGGACUGGGGCUUUUGCCCGCCUGCACCAGGAGGGAUCGUCCACCUCCGCCAGCCUGGAGCAUCAUCUACACGUCUCCCCAGGCAGCUGCGGCCACCUGGCUUCUGAGGCCAGCCUGAUGGCGGAGCCUCGCUUUAACAACCCCUACUUCUGGCCGCCCCCUCCCACCAUGCCCAGCCAGCUGGACAACUUGGUUCUGAUCAAUAAAAUCAAGGAGCAGCUGAUGGCAGAGAAGAUCCGGCCCCCUCACCUGCCCCCCACCUCGGUGUCCUCCCAGCAGCCCCUGCUGGUGCCCCCCUCGCCCGCGGAGAGCAGCCAGUCCAUCAUGUCCCUCCCCAAACUGCAGCAGGUCCCAGGGCUGCACCCACAGGCCGUCCCCCAGCCUGACGUGGCCCUGCAUGCCCGGCCGGCCACCAGCACGGUCACAGGUCUGGGGCUGGCCUCCCGUGCCCCCGCAGUCAGCACCUCAGACUCCAGCACCGGCACCAGCACCCCCUCCACCCCCACCUCCACCAGUCAGAGCAGACUCAUCGCCUCCUCGCCCACCCUCAUCUCAGGGAUCACCAGCCCCCCGCUCCUGGACUCCAUCAAGACAAUCCAGGGCCACAGCCUGCUGGGGGCGCCCAAGUCAGAGCGAGGGAGGAAGAAGAUCAAGGCGGAGAACCCGUCGGGGCCGCCCGUCCUCGUGGUGCCCUACCCCAUCCUGGCCUCGGGCGAGACCGCUAAAGAGGGCAAAACCUACAGGUGUAAAGUCUGCCCCCUGACCUUCUUCACCAAGUCGGAGAUGCAGAUCCACUCCAAGUCGCACACAGAGGCCAAACCCCACAAGUGCCCGCACUGCUCCAAAUCCUUCGCCAACGCCUCCUACUUGGCCCAGCACCUGCGCAUCCACCUGGGCGUGAAGCCGUAUCACUGCUCCUACUGUGAGAAAUCCUUCCGCCAGCUCUCCCAUCUCCAGCAGCACACCAGAAUCCACACUGGCGACAGACCCUACAAGUGCCCACACCCUGGCUGUGAAAAGGCUUUCACACAGCUCUCCAACCUCCAGUCACACCAGCGACAGCACAACAAGGAUAAGCCCUACAAGUGUCCGAACUGCUACCGGGCGUACUCGGACUCGGCAUCGCUGCAGAUCCACCUCUCUGCACACGCCAUCAAACACGCCAAGGCCUACUGCUGCAGCAUGUGUGGGCGGGCCUACACCUCGGAGACGUAUUUGAUGAAGCACAUGUCCAAACACACCGUGGUGGAACACCUAGUGAGCCAGCACUCGCCUCAAAGGACGGAGUCCCCCGGCAUCCCAGUGCGGAUCUCACUCAUCUAAUCUGGGGCUCCCUCGCCCACCCCUACCCUGCGCAGCUCUCCUCGCCCCAAUUCCGGAUCGCCAGGGGCCAGAGGGCGGCUUGGAGACGAUCACACAGACCACCCCCCCAGCACCGCCACCGAGUGCCCGCGCCUGCCGAGCCACGGGGAGCGACUGCGAAGACACUCAUCUUUUGGGAGAAAUUAAUGAAUGAAUUAAUGUUUGGAAAACACCCCUCGGCCCUGGCCCCGUCCCCAGCACCCUGCCGGGAGAGCCAGGGACUCGUCCACAGUUUUGGUGAAAUCCAAAGACUAUUUCAGAGCACUUUGAAUCUCUGUGUUUGGUUUCUUCAUUUUCUUUCUUUUUUCCCCUUCUUUCUGCCCCCACCCCCAUCCUCCGUGCUCCUUUCUGCUCUCUUUUGGAUACAAGUAGAGAUAUAUAUAUAUAUAUUGGCCAAGAAGUUGGUGCUGCUAAAACCGAAAACCCGAACUGGACAGAGAAGCGCUGGAUGGCGUGGCGGGCAGGAUCCAGGGCCUGGCACUCGGGCUCCUUCAGCCUCAGGAUGAGACUCUGGGACGUGCCCAGCCUGGCGCUUGGUAUCUGCUGCCCCUCCUGGACUCUCUGUUGGGAGCCAGCGUGAGGCCAGUUGAGAGGGGAAUGGGUUAACCUGUUGGCUGGAGAGGUGAGAUCUGCGGCUCUGGUGGCGUGGGGACAGGCACUCGAGCAGCAGCUGCAGGAGGGAGACCUUUGUUCUGCAGAUGUCGCUGUUCCCCGCUGGGGCUCGUCCCUCUGCCGCUUUGUCUAACCUCGUUGGGACGUUUUGGUUGUUUCCUUUGGUUUGUUUCAUUUGUCCUGGUUCGAGCUGCACAGGACUGGCUGGCCCCGCGGCCACGCCGUGGUCCGUGCACAUUUCACCCGCGCCCUCCGCCCGGCUGGGGUAAGUGUGGUGGCUGCCGGAGGAGGCGCUAAGCCUACAACAGGGACACAGCCGGGGCGGAGGGCAGGGCUGGCCAUGCCUGUGCGGAAUCCAGAGAUGCAGCCCAUAGAGACCACAGGUCCCAGCAUGCCGUGCUCUAGUUUGAGCUAAGCAGUAUCCCACCAGAUCGGGAAAGUGCAUUGCCUGCUGGGAGCUGUAGUCUAUAGGAUUGGGGCAGCGAGUCAGGCAGACUGUGGCCAGCUCUGGUAUAGUCCCAGCUGUGGGGCUCCCCUUUCCAGACCCCAGCUCUGCUAGGCCAGCCAUGGCGUGUGGGAGUGGAGGGGCACUUUGGCCAUGAUGCUGAGGAUUGGGGGGGAGGGGGCAUGGCGUUUCACAGCAGGAGUUUGGGAGCCUCAGCUGUCCACGGUCCGCUGCCCUUCCUCCCCCCCCACCUAGUCCACCUGGUGCUAACUAGGGAUUGUCCUGAGCUAU